AGGCUUUAGUAAAAUUCAUUUUGACGUUGAACACAGAUCCGAUAAGGAGCUAUACUUCGCUUCUCAUGAUGACCUCUACUCUCAUCUAUAUAGAGAUGAAAACUUUAGUCAGUAAUACAUUGUCAACUUCACUGAAAGCGCGGAAUUUUAUGUAUGACUAACGUCAUAAACGAUAUCGAUUUAUAUCUUUGGAUUAAACUUAAGAAUUAUUUGAUUACCUUCUUCGAUUUGACUAGCACAACACGUAUAUUUCGAAACGUACAUUUGUACAUAAAUAUGUAUACACACAUGUAUACAAAAACUUAAAAGUCAAAUUUGUUUUAGUGCAUAAGUAGAAUAAAAUUAACACGUACAAAUUAAAAAAAAAUCUUCUACUUAUAUUAUUAAUCAUUAUUAUUAAUAAUCAUGAUUACAAAUGAUAAAAUCGUUUAUCUAUCAGUUUUGGAGAUAGUUAAAUUACAUUUUCUUUCUUUUGUAUAUGGAUUGUAUUUAAUAGUGAAAAGAUUUCCUAAGUGGGUCUGGGAUCCUAAGAAGUUUUUUAUGAUGCAACAGCGAGAUAAACCUCCACCUUGUCUUGUGGACAAUAAUUUAGGAACUCAUUCUUACGUAAAAAUUAAGGGUGUAAAAUUCCAUUAUGUAGAAGCCGGAAAUAAAAAUGAUCCACUUAUAUUACUUUUACAUGGAUUUCCUGAUUGUUGGUUAUCUUGGAGAAAACAAAUACCAUGUCUUACUCAACAUUAUAGAGUAAUAGCAAUAGAUUUGAAGGGGUUUGGAGAUAGUGAUAAACCAGCAGCUAAAAGUUGUUACAAGAUACAAGUUCUAAUUGAGGAAUUGAAACAAUUUAUUUUAACUCUUGGAGUAAAGCAAUGCAGUAUAAUCGGUCAUGAUUUAGGAGGACUUUUAGGAUGGUAUAUGGUAGCCCUAUAUGGAGACAUGAUUCAUAAAUUUGUUGCAAUUUCAUGCCCACAUCCUAAUUUGUAUUGGAACGGGAGACCUGGAGAUUCUAUUUUUGAUUUAAAAUGGAUACAUUUUAGUAGAUUACCAUUUUUGCCUGAAAUUGAUGCUCUUAAAGAAGACUUAUCAAUCAUAAAUGACGCAUUUCAACAUCUUCAACUAAAUAAUGCAAACAACGAGAAUGAUUAUGUAGAAGCAUAUAAAUAUGCAUUUAGUAGGAAAGAGGACUGGACAGGUGCAAUCAAUUAUUACAGAAAUCUUCCUUUAAUAAGACUUAAUACAGAUACUCGUGAUCAAAUUUCUACUCGAACCUUGCUUAUAAUUGGAAAUAUGGAUCCAAUUGUAACAAUAGAAAGUGUUGUUCAAAGUUCUGAAUAUGUUGAGAAAUUUAAUGUGAAAGUAAUCUCCGAAGCACAACAUUUUCCACACCAACAAAAACCAGAUACAGUAAAUGAAGCAAUCUUGAAGUUUUUCAUGGGUGCGAUAAAUCAUAUAGAAAAACCAUCAUCUAAAAACAUUAUGUCUUCGUGGUUUGGAUCUCUUGGUAAUACUGUCAAGUAUGGUAACCAUAUGUUUGAUGCUGUCCAUAAAAAAACUAGUGGAGUAGUUAGUGCUUUACCCAGUAAAGUAUUUUAUUUAGGUCAAACUACAAAUUGAAUUAUAUUUUUAUCUAUAUUAAAAUAUAGGACUGAAAUUAUCUAUCA